UCCAGAAUCCGUCGCGUUGAUGGGCUAAGUUUAGUAGUGUACGCCCUUGAAGCGAUCCGCUAUAUUCCGUGUUCACAAUAAUGACGAAGCUCAAAAUGAUAGUCAGACUGCCUUCAACAUCCAGGCUGGCUGAAAAUCAGACGAAAAUGGCGCCGACGGUCGAGAAGAAGUCAUCGCCGAAAAACAAGAAACCGCGUCUCUCGGUGACAAUCGAAAUGCCUGAGGGCAAUGAUCGGUACUGUUGGAAGUGCCACAGCGAAGACGCUAAUGUGCCUUGUACUACGUGUCAACGAUCUUUCCAUGAAUACUGCGCGCCCGGUGAUCAAGACCUCUAUAGUCUCGUGUGCCCUGAGUGCAUGGCAAUUAUACGUGCUGAAAAAGAUAAACUCGAAGGCACCACAAAAGGACCGCUAUCACGGGUUGACGUCGAUCUGCUGGCGGAACUUUUGACGUUCGCCGUGAAAACCAUCCGGCCGUACGCUCUCGACGUUUUCUACAAACCAGUCUCUUUAGAGGAGUAUCCGGAUUACAAGAAUUUCGUCGUGAAACCCUUCGAUCUUGAGCAACUGGAACAAAAUGUCAUCAGAAAAAAAUACACUUGUGUCGAGCAAUUCCUCGCGGACCUCAAGUGGAUCUAUCACAACUCGGUCGUUUACAAUGGGCCUCAGAAUCGCAUCAGUUCUUCGGCGAUGGCGAUGUUGAAAGCCGCUGACAAGGAGGUUGAUGAGAUGACCCUGUGUCCUCAAUGCUACCUGAGCAUGAAGCGUACCAGCAUCGGAUACUACACCGAGCCAUGUAGUCCACCCCACAUAAUUGUCUGGGCGAAAAUCAGGGGCUUCCCUCAUUGGCCAGCGAAAGUUAUGAACGUCGACUCGGAUCAAGCCGUCGUGAAGUUUUUCGGAGAUCACAACAAGAGCUUAGUUUUGCUCUCCAACUGCACUUUACUCACAGUGAAACCUCCGGUGACACAGAAGAGCAAGAAGGGUUCCUACUGCAGUGCUAUGGAAGAACUGGCCUCAUACAUCAAAAAAUACCGCGAAAAGUUCAAUGCGGAAUUCCAUUACGAGACAGAGCAGAAAAAAUUGACGCGAGAGAUGUUCGAAAGGCAAACCUUUGAUGAGUUUCUGCCGGCACAGAUCCCAUUGCCUUCGGCGAAGAAGAUCGUAGAUGAAAUUCCCGAAAAGAAGACAGAAGAUGAGGACAUGGGUAAAGAUACGGCUGAAGAAGCCGAAGAAUCUCGCAUUGAUACCGUCCUCAUCUCCAGAGUUCCUGCAUUGCUUGCCGAAGACGAAGAAGACAAAGAUAGUGGGACGGAAGAGCAGAAUUCCAUCCUGGAGAGCAUUAAGAGAAAAUUGAACUUGGAUAAGAAAUCUGACUCGACCGACGAAGACAAAGAAGAAGAUAAAGAAGGUGUGGCAACCUCCCCGACUGUGAACGCUGCGAACGACCAAAGCGACAGAGCUGCUGCGCAGCCAACUGCCGAGAGUCCAUUACCCCUGCCCCUGGGCGUGGAUGACACCCCGAAAUCUCCGGAACGAACAAAUUGUGCAGAGGUCUCAAGCACGACCGCUGACACCGAUCCACCAACCGUCAUACCAAAGGUGGCUAGCGGAGACACGUUCUUCGAGAAGUUGCGCCAGACUAUCGAAGAAUGUAAGGAGAAAGUUGGAGUCACGGAGUUAGCCAACUUGCCAGCUCCCAAUGAUGUGUACGACGAGUCGGAUACCGAUGUUUCGGACACGGAGCUGAUGCCGUACCAACAGAAAGCCCUGGCUUCGCCAAAGAACGAUGCCGACGCCUCAGAAAUCACCGUUUGUAAGGUCGAUUGCGCUGUACAAACCGAGAGGGAAGCCGUCGGUGCGGUAGAUCCUUUCGACAAACGCCAGAACCAGGAAAUGGUCGCUCGAGAAAUAGCUCUUCUAAAACAGAAAAUCAAUAUCAGAGAAUUGAUCACGCAAAGGACCAUCUGGCAGACCAACACCAAUCGAACUACGGAACUCAUCAAAACGAAGCAAUGGUGCUGUGUGUGCAAGGCGUUGGCCACGAUGACCUGCUGCUGGAAUACAUCAUAUUGUUCACAAGCCUGCCAGAGCACACACUGGCCGCAUCAUAUCAGACAUUGUGAGCGUGCCCAACAAGGAGGUGAAGCAGGCUCGAGCUCGGCGAGCAGGAGUCAAUGA